AGUCUAAUAACUCUCCAUUCUCUUCAGUGGAUGAAGUGUUGAAACUCUUCUAAAUGAAUCUGAUGAUUGUGUUUGUGUCUCUGUACAUGUUGAGUCCCAUCAGAAGAGUUCAAAACAGUCAAGAGUUGAUUUCUGCAUUCUUCAUGUCAAGAUUAAUCCUGGACUUGAACUCAAACACUGCUGCUGAGCUGAUUGGCUGAAGUGUGUUGAGUUGUCCACUAUAAACUGGUGUAGUGUCAGGAAGACAAAGAGUGAGGCUGAUCUGAGAGGAAGCUGCAGAAGCACAGGAAGAGCUGCUGCUGUUUAAACAAGAGCUCAACAUAUAUAUAUAUAUAAAGCAGAAGACGAGUGUCAGACACACAGAAUGGCUGAUAGGAGUCCUCUGUUUCUGCUGCUCAUCUUCUGGACACUCAGCACAGGUGUGUUUGGCGAAGAGGACACUCAUGUGUUCAGCAGAUCUGGAGAAACUGUUCAGCUGCCCUGUAGAAACACUGAUCAGCACUGCAGCAGAUCAGGAACUACAUGGACCUACAGCAGAUACAGACAGACAGCAGCAGUUCAGCUGAUUGGUUUAGGGGUAAAGAAGAGAAACUCAGAGAGACUGAAUCUGGGCUCUGACUGCUCUCUGACCAUCAGUAGAGUCACAACAGAAGAUGCUGGACGUUACACCUGCCAACAGUGGAGUGGACGAGGAGGACACCAGUAUGGAGCUGAUUCACAUGUGUUUCUGCAUGUUGUUGCUGUCUCUCCAUCAUCAUCAUCAUCAUCAUCAUCAUCUUCAUCAUCAUCAUCUUCAUCUGAUAUUGGUCCGGGUCUCUCUCUGACUCUCUCAUGUCGGCUGUUCUCAUAUUCUGGACUCUCCUGUGAUGGUUUGUUCAGUUCUGAGGAUCUUCAUCUGUCCUGGGUGAAUGAGGCUGGUGUUGAUCUGAACACAGACUCCAGAUAUCAGAUCUCUUCUACAGGCUGUAUCAUCAGUCUGUCUACAACACUCAUCAGUGAAGAUGAAGAUAAACAGUGGAGAUGUGGAGUCUAUCAGAGAAAUCAACUGAAGACCUCAGACACGUUUACUGUCCACUAUUCAGCUCCAGAUCUCACAGCUAAAGCAGAGCCAACACCACAGACUGAACCAGCAGCAGACACAACUGAAGCUGGAGCUCAAACAGCAGCAGCAGAGACUCCAGACCACAGCACAAACUGCACUUCUAUAACAGCUAAAGCUGAAGCAGAGACAUUCUGUGUGAUUAAACAGCAGUGACUCCAGCGCUCUUCACAACACCAGCAGCAGCUUCAGCUCAGUCUACACACUCCUCUGCUCUUCUCAUCUACACAGUUUUGAAAAACGGACAGAUCAUUUACAGGGAUAUGAGAUUUUAAACCAGUAUAAUGAUGGCCAUCGCCAGGAUUUGCUUUUAAGUAGGAAAACAGCAACAUUUAGCUUGAAUCAUUUUCUUAAAUGAGAUUUCUUGUAUGAAUGAUGAAUGCCUGUAUAUGAAUGCUUGAUGAACUUCUGCUAUUCUCCUGAUUAGUUGUUGAACACUGAGCUGUCAUGAUGCAGUUUUGAUGGUCUUUGACAGUGUUGUACAUACAUUAUCAUGAUGGUUAUUCUUGUUUUGCUGGUUGUGUUCUCCUCGCGCUUCUGUUUUGAUUAUUGUUCAUUUUUAAGCACAGAUGAUGCAGUGUUGCCAGAUAUUGCUCAGAGAAACAAACAAAGAAAUCCUCUGCCAAAAAAAAUAUUAUAAUAAUAAUUCCAAAUAUUGUAUUUUGUUUUUAUUAACAGCCAAAUUACUCAAUGCUGUCAGUAAAAAACAACAUGAAAUGAUGCACAGCAUGAACUGCGAUUACACUCAUAGAGAACUGAGCUGCCCUGUGCUGUUUAUUUGUUUGCUAAUGUUUACUUUAUCAUUAACUGCGUAAUACAAUUCAUUUACUUUGUGUUUUUAUGUGUUUCCUCAUCAUUCUGGUCUUUAUAUUAUUAGAGUUUAACAUUAUGACAGAUUCUCUAGACCCUUAAGUGACUGUUUGUCAGUGUCUGUAAUUAUUUCUGUAGAUUAAAGAUGAAUUUGACA